AUGCGCAUCCUCUGCCUCCACGGCCGGGGCACCAGCGCCCAAAUCUUCAAAUCUCAAACCACCUCCUUCCGCUCCCGCCUCAACGACCUCCCCAUAACCUUCGACUUCAUCGACGCCCCCUACCCCACCACCCCCGCCUCAGGAAUCGACCUCUUCUACGAACCCCCCUACUACACCUUCUGGCCCGACGACUCCCCGACCUCCCAUCAAAACGCCCGAACCUGGCUCCUCAACCACAUCGCCAAAAACGGUCCCUACGACGCCGUCCUCGGCUUCUCCCAAGGCUGCUCCCUAGCAGCCCUAACCCUCCUCCUUCACGCCCAUGAAUCGCCCCUCACCCCUCCACCUUUCAAAGCAGCCAUCUUCAUCUGCGGCGGUGCACCGCUCCCCCUCCUCGAAGAACUGGGGUAUACCAUCACUCCAGAAAUGAGAUCCCGGGAUACAGAGUCACGGAAGAAAUUAUCCAUUCAGGCCGAUUCGGCUGCGAUUCUGGCGAAGGGGGCGGAGAGGUGGGGUGGGGGUGGUGAUGCUGGGGAAGUGGUGGAUGAGGAGAGUGUUCGGAGGGAGAUUGAGAGGUGUGGGAUUGGGAAGGUGAAGAUUGGGGUUCCGACGGUGCAUGUUUAUGGGAGAAAGGAUCCGAGGUUUGUGGCCGGCGUGCAGUUGUCGGGGGUUUGCGAGGGGAGUGUGAGGCAGUGUUUUGAUCAUGGGGGUGGACAUGAUAUUCCGAGGUCGUCGGCGGUUAGUGAGAGGUUGGCGGAGUUGGUUAGAUGGGUGCUGGAGGAGGGGGGUGUUGCUUAG